AUGGCAAGCAAUCGAGGGAAUGAAACCUCAAAUAAUGUGCCAGCUGGCCUUCCCGCUUCUUGGUUCACGAGUGCUUUGCCAUCAAGAGAUUCCCUAACGCUUCAGGGACGUGAGUCACUUUCGCAUGCACACCGUCAGCGGGUUUCCAGAAUAACACAGAAUGAGAAUGUUUUGAGAGAUAUAUUCAGAUCAAAUACUAGAAGAACCAACACACGCUCACAAGGACAUGGUAUCGAAAUAAGUUUUCAGAGUGAACCGCAAAAUAUCACGAAUUCGCUACCGAUCGAGUUUGAGGAUGCGGAAAGUAAUUCACAACUUGCUGCCGCGAACGAAACAUCUGGUGCUGAAGAAAUAGCAGAACGAGACGUGGACAUGUUGGAUGGCAUUCCAGGUAUUUUAGAUCUACAGGCAGAGGAUUUAAGGAAGCUUCAAACUUUUCAAAUAACUUUACAGCAGAAGGUACAGGCUUACCUAACGGUGAUAGAAAAAAGACGAAAUGGGAUUUUGGGUGAAAUAGGGAUUGACAACAGCAAGCUUGAGAAAAUGCAAUUAGCUGAUUCUCCUCAAGCGAUUAAUUUUUUGAAUAAGCUGCAAAGGAUAAGACUUCGGGCCAUCGAAACGGAAACGAUGGAAUUACAACGUCUACGUAUGAAAUUUUUGACAGUAGUAGAGGAGUAUAGAAAGGCUAUGAAUGAGUAUUGUCAGGCAAGAGUGGAAGGCAGAGAAAUGCAGAACCCAACGGACUUUUUUCAGCAUUGGAUCGAGUCCUUAGAUCCAAAUGAAGUUUCUGUCUCAGAAGGAUUGCAAGAAUUAUCGUCUUGUUCAAAACUUCUCAUGACCAAUUUAUUAGCAGCAACGCAGUUUACCAAAAAGCCGAAUUUCAAAAAUGCUGUGUUUCCCUUAAACCAUCUUCCAUCAGAAAUUUUGCAUUUAGUGUUAGAAAAACUUAGUCAUAAAUCAGAUAUUGGAAGCUUAUUGACUGUGUGUAAGCUUUGGGCCCACAUAAUAGUGAAAAUUCUAUAUUACAGACCUCACAUCAAUAAGAAAUUACCACUCGAUUUAUUUAUGAGAACCAUGAGUAUCUCUUCUCAACAGACUGUCUUUGGAUAUAGAUCAAUGAUUAAGAGACUUAAUUUUUCGUUCGUGGGUGAUCACAUGCAUGAUGAAGAACUAUACCAUUUUGUGGGCUGCAAAAACUUGGAGAGACUGACACUUGUCUUUUGUAAACAUAUUACAAGUAAAUCCAUAUCAGAAGUCUUGAAAGGAUGUAAAUUUUUACAAAGUGUCGAUAUAACGGGUAUAAAGGAGAUUUCUGAUGACAUAUUUGAUACAUUGGCCGAAAAUUGCCCUCGUGUUCAAGGUUUUUAUGUCCCGCAAGCCAAAAACGUUACACCAAGGGCUUUGAAAAAUUUUAUUACUCAUGCACCAAUGUUGAAACGAGUCAAAAUUACGGCCAACAAUAAUAUGAAUGAUGAAAUUGUUGAUCUUUUCGCGGAAAAAUGUCCCAUGUUAGUAGAAGUUGAUAUUACAUUGACUCCAAAUGUUCAUGAUCACAGUCUAUUGAAGUUAUUCUCGAAGUUGAGUCAGUUGCGAGAAUUCCGAAUUACUCAUAAUACGAACGUGUCCGAUAAGCUCUUUGUGGAUCUAGUAAAAACUGUAAGUUUGCUGCCUUCUUUAAGGUUACUGGAUUUAUCUGGUUGCGAAAACAUUACAGAUAAGACUAUUGAGAGGGUAGUUUCACUUGCUCCAAAAUUGAGAAACGUAUUUUUGGGUAAAUGUAGCAGAAUAACAGACGAUUCAUUACACCAUCUUGCUAAACUGGGGAAAAAUUUGCAAACUGUCCAUUUUGGACAUUGUUUUAAUAUUAGUGACCAAGGUGUAAGGGUACUGGUGCAAUCUUGUCCAAGAAUCCAGUAUGUGGACUUUGCCUGCUGUACUAAUUUAACCAAUAGAACGCUUUAUGAAUUAUCAGAUCUCACUAAACUUAAGAGAAUUGGUCUAGUCAAGUGUUCGCAAAUGACUGAUGAGGGCCUGUUAAACAUGAUAUCUUUACGUGGAAGGAAUGAUAGUUUAGAGAGGGUUCAUUUAUCCUAUUGCUCAAAUUUAACCAUCUACCCCAUAUAUGAACUAUUAAUGGCAUGUCCAAGGCUGUCUCAUUUAUCAUUAACGGCAGUACCAUCAUUUUUGAGACCAGAUAUCACUGCAUUCUGCAGGCUAGCUCCCUCCGAUUUUAGUGAGAAUCAGCGGCAAAUAUUCUGUGUAUUUUCCGGUAAAGGAGUGCACAAACUUCGUCAUUAUUUGAUGAGUCUAACAACACCUACAAGUGGACCGCAAACUGACCUUCGCGAAAUUUUAACGAAAUAUAUUGCGUCUAAGAGCAUGUUACAUGAGAAUGAGGAUAUGGAAGAAGGUAUUAAUAGAAUAACGAGAGAACUCAACCAAGAUACAGCUGCAAUAUUAGCUGCGACAGGUCUAAGCCAGAUUAACGGUGUAAAUAAUGAUUUUCUGUUCCAGAAUAUUGACUUUGAUCGAUUAGACAACGUUUUUAGUUGGUACGAAAAAACUUCAGUAAAUACUCGCAUGACUAUGGAGGAGAUAGAUCGACUGGUGUCUAUGGUCGAUAGAAAGUUUUGUGAAGAUCCUUUUGAAGAAGAAUACGAUGAUAUGGAUUCUAUUGUUGCCCCCGGCGCAAAUCCAUUUUUCAACAAAGAGUUGUGCUACAUAGUCAGAAAAUUACAUGAAGUUGAUGAUAGGGUAAACGACUUUGAAGUAAACGUUGCCAGCUUAGCACGUGUUCAGUUUCAAUUCACUGGCUUUUUACUUCACGAAAUGGCUCAAAUAUAUAUGCAAAUGGUUGAACUCAAUAGGCAGACAUCCCAAAUACAAGAUCGCGUUUAUGCCUCGGAAAAUAGCUCGGAUAUUAAUGGCUAUUCAAUAUGGAGACUGAUGUUCAUUGAAAAGUUUGUCGAUCUUCUCAAGAAAUACAAGCUUUCAACGGUAGUUCUAAGACUAUAUCUGAAGGAUAGCAUCACCUUAUUAACAAGGCAGAGAGAAAUUUUGCUUGCACAGCAACGAACAUCAUGGCAUGAAAAUGGUGAGACAAAUGACCCUAAUUUAUGGCAGCAAUUUGGUGACCGAAUUCAAAUUUCGCCAGAUCAGAUGCGAAUAAUUCAAUUUGGAUUACGGGGCCAAACAGCCUUGGGAGCGAACGGACUACAAGACCUUCCAGGUACUAAUAAUAACGAUAAUACUGAAGAUCGCGCAGAAACUCCGGAAGACGAUACGGUGUUAGAAGAGUCUUGA